CUGAGGUGUAAACGCGCAGGAAAGUUCAGAGAACAGUGGAUGAAAGAGAUGCUGUUUCACAGAGAUGUUUUUAGUGAGAUGAAGCACUUAUAGUCACAGGAACCGGUUAUAGGUUUCAUUUUGACAGAGUUUUUGGGAACUUAUGGGACUGUAGAUAGAUAGGCUACUUUGGCGUCUCAUGUGGUCGGAUCCAAAUGGGUAGAUAUCAAAUACAGCGGUGAUACAUAUUUUACAGGUCUUCAAUUGAUAAAAUAGCAAGAAGGUGUCAGGUAGUCAGAUUUCAAAACACAUUUACUGUCUGUGCGCAAAACGCACCCAACAGCUCUCUUCCUGCUCCAAGCGAAGGUGUUGCAAUGGAAAAAUCUAAAAACUUUAGGAUCGACGCCCUUCUGGCUGAAGAGACACACAGAGGGAACCGCGAGCUAUCACCCGGACUCAGUAGCGACAGUCCGACGGGCAGCCCGGUGUCCUGCAGGCGCGCAGACACCCCGUCUCCACGCGGCACUGCCCUACACCUUCCAACCGGACUCAUCCCUAAACCAGGGCUGCUCAAUCUCCCGCACCCCGGACUCACGUCUUUAACACAAGGCUCGAUCCCGGGCAUGUACACUGCUCCCAUGUACCCUCUUUCAGCUUUGGGAGGUCAGCACCCUGCUUUGGCGUACCCGGGCUUUGCGCAGCUGGCGCAACCGUACCCUGAACAGUUGAAGGCUGCGGCGAUAGCUGGAUCUUUACCCCUGGAGCACUGGAUACGAGCUGGAAUCAUGCUACCACGACUUCCAGAUUACACCUGUGAGUGGGAUAUCAAUAAUUUUACUGCACCCCAGUCUGGUUUGAUGGGCAAAUGUCGCAGGCCGCGGACGGCGUUCACCAGUCAACAGCUACUUGAACUAGAGAACCAGUUUAAACUGAACAAGUAUCUCUCGCGACCCAAACGCUUUGAAGUUGCCACAUCGCUCAUGCUGACCGAAACACAGGUGAAGAUUUGGUUCCAGAACCGUCGGAUGAAGUGGAAACGGAGUCGUAAGGCCAAAGAGCAGGCCGCUCAAGGGGACACCGAACGUCAACGAGGAGGAAACAAGUCGGCCAACGAGAGGCCUGGAAGAGACGUCCGCAGGGCUUCCGCUCAAGGUACGGAUGAGCAAGAGGAAGAUGUCGAUGAGGAAGAUGAGGAGUAUGAUGUGGAAGACAGAGGAAAACACAAGUUCAUGAACAAACUUAACAUCCAAUGUACCACAGACUUCUUGCAUCACACAGGUGAAUUAGGAUACCACCCGGAUAGCUCGUUCUCAGAUGAUGACAUGGAGGACAUCGGAGGGGCUGAUAGGAAAAUCGGCGCAGGGUUAUGAAAACACAGAUCAAAGAAGGAACCAGACAUUAUCAUAAUGAGUUUCUAAACACGAACAGCGGGAACUGAUAAUAAUAUACAGACCUGUGAUACGGUAUUGCAAUAGUAGCAAGAACUGAGGUGAAAAAGAGAACGAGAUAACACAUUGAGAGACACAAAGAGACAACCACAUGACAUUUUACAGAUGAUGGUACCUUGGUGUUUUGGUUUCAGCUUUAGAUAAACACAUUUAAAAAACAAACAGUUUAUUAAUAUCAGAAACGUAUGUGUUAACAAUUUGAAUUUACUUUGUUCACUGUAAAUAACAUCAAUCGUUGUGUAUAUUCUGUGUCAAUCUCAGUUUUCCAGUCAAAUUUGCUUUACAUUUAAAGCUGCAUCUGUAACUUUUAACUCUUUAAUGCCAUCUGUGUUUGAAACAAAGUUGCAGGUUUCUUUUCAAACUUUUUUAAAGUGUGAAGUUAAAGGUCCACUGUCCAGAUUUUAGCGACAUCUAGUGGUGAGAUUGUGAAUUGCAACCACCGGCUCGGUCCACAGCUAAAAAUUCCUUACAGAACGCAGUACCUACCGUAGUCGCCACAGGACAAACAUGAGACAACGUAGUGUCAAAAUGUGCUCCAGUUUGUCCGUUUAGGGCUACUGUAGAAACAUGGCGGUGCAAAAUGGUGACUUCCAUGUAAAGGGACCUACGGUGUAUGUAGAUAAAAACGGCUCAUACUAAGCUAAUAAAUACAAUAAAGUUCAUUUUGUACGGUCUUUAUACACCACUGAUAAUAUAGUUGUGUAUAUUAUAUUACAUUUCUGUCAAGAGAUCCUUCUGAAAGUUACACAAUGCACCUUUAACUGACAUUACAGCAAAAUCCAACCCAACAGCUUGAAUAAAAAAAAAAACAAUGUUACGAACACCAACUUUUAUGUACUUGCUCAAUAACUUAUUUUAUAUCCUUAAAAAAUAUAUAUAUAUAUAUAUAUUGGAUUGCAGCUUUAAUAAAAUAACAUCUGACUAAGCUGAUUGAACAUAGCUCCAGAUAGACGGCUUAUUCACAACCGUUGCAACAAAAUAACAACAAAAGAAAACAGUAAAUCUGUUUGAAUUACCGAGUGAUACAUAGAGCGAUUGUCAUUCGUGUUUCUGUUUGAACUCUAGUCAGAGGGAGGGAUUUUAAGGUGCUACAUAUUAUAUAUUUAUUUGUAUAGA